AUGAAAGCUAUAAAUCGUUCCUUCUACCACACAAUCGACGCUAAGUCCUAUCAUGACAGGCCCAGCUGUCUCGUCUGCGGCUUUGUCUUUGCGAACGGGACAAGCGAGGACGAUCAUUACAGUUACGUGGAUACGAGAUACUAUGUAGGAAGUAACCUCUGUCGCGCUGAGCUUCUAGAGGAUUGGAGACCUUCUGAGAAGAAAAGAUGGGGGAAGAAAACAUGGUGGAACACUUCCCGCGCAGUUCUAUACCGCCCUGCAACAGGCACCUGCCGGCUUUCUGGGGUCAUCAUGCAUCCUCUGACAACCGGAUUGGUUCCAAUGAAUGAGACAGAUGGAUAUAUUUGCGGUACUUGGUCGGGCUGGUUAUCCCCCAAAGAACGACAAGCUUUCUUCUCGACGCUCUCCGAGACAGACAUAAGACUCUCCGAGGCAGACGUAAGAAAACCGGUUACCAACCUAGAUCCUGGUAUUGGAUGUUUUGUCGGGAAGGUUAGGGUCCCCCCAGGUCCGACAUUCGAUGACGCUGACCUUGAAUCUCUACCAGAUCCUGUUCGUACAAAAUGCGUUACAGGGGCGAUUUGUCUAGCACUAAAACACGAAAAGCGAAGGAAAUUGAUGAUGAAACGAAAGGGCCAUUUGGUCACCCGAAAGGCACCACGUCCCAGACCCUGCGUUCUUCCGAUGGAAAUACUUUAUAUGAUUCUUAGAUAUCUUCCAUAUCAGACGAUCGCGAACGUGGAAAAAGGAUUGCGCCUCAAUCUCGGUAAUAGGUUUUGGCGCACUUGGCUCUCUAGCCGAGUAUUCUACGAAGUGAGGGAUAUUGCCAUCGACGAGGUUAAUUGGAAGCGCCUAUCCAUGUUGCUGGAACGACGACUCAAGAAGUCAAACGCUUUGGCCAUCCGACGGUUUUUAUUAGCCUCUCUGGAUAAUGUUAUGAGGUUUGUUAACAUGUAA